ACACACACACACACACACACACACACAACACCCCUUUCUCGUUUUCUGUUAGAAAGGAGCCCUAGGCCAGCCCGUCACUGAGCAGGGACGGACAAUCAAGCAUCAACCACCACCACAACCACCGGCCACUGAGCCACCGACCACGCCGCCGGCCUCUCCAACCUCCAAUUUCAACCCCCCUAGCUUGAAAUCCUGGGUCUGUCCCUGUCACUGAGCUUGCGAAGCAAUGGAGGAGGAGAGAACGCAGAGCAAAAAGCGAAAGAGGAACAAACCUCGCAAAUCUCAGAACAACAACAACCCUUCACAUCAAAAAAGCAAAGUAACCCAUGAACCCAACCAAUCUUCUUCUGGUCUUGCCCAUCCCACAAAAUCCUCCACCUUUCUUGACAAAAUGAGAGCGAGAUUAUCAGGAGGGCAUUUCAGGAUGAUAAACGAAAAGCUCUACACUUGCAGUGGGAAAGAGGCACUUGACUAUUUCAAAGAUGACCCUGCAUUAUUUGAUAUGUAUCAUACAGGGUACCAGGAGCAAAUGUCUCACUGGCCUGAACAACCGGUUAAUAUAAUCAUGAAAUGGCUAAAGAAUCACAACCCUUCUUUGGUUGUAGCUGAUUUUGGCUGUGGGGAUGGACGCCUUGCUAAAAAUGUGAAGAAUAAAGUAUUCUCCUUUGAUCUUGUCUCAAAUGAUCCCUCAGUAAUUGCUUGUGACAUGUCCAAGACACCCCUCGAUUCUUCAGUCAUUGAUGUUGCUGUUUUCUGCCUUUCGCUUAUGGGAACUAACUACCAAAAUUACCUUAAGGAAGCACACAGAGUCCUUAAGCCAUGGUUUGCACCCCAUUUUGUCAAACACUUUCACAUUAGGUUUGAUCCAAAUACUGGAGGAGCAGACCCAAAAAAGUUCUCAAAAGCUGUCUGUGACCUAGGCUAUUCCUCUGUGUUAAAGGACUACUCAAAUAAGAUGUUUGUUUUGUUAUACUUCAAGAAAAAGGAUAAGCAAAAAUCAGAGAUGAAGGAAAUUGAAUGGCCUGAGCUAAAACCUUGUUUGUACAAGCGCCGCUGACACCAAGGGAAUUUUUCAUUUUUUCCCUUUUAUCACCAUCCUGGAUAUAAAUGAGGGUGCCCAACUGUAAUAUAUUAGCUCAGUUGCCAAGUUUAACAAAGUUUAUAGAUGAAAUUUUUAUUCAGGUCAGAUACAUUUUUGUAGUUUUUAUCAUUUAUGAAACUUUGGUGCAAUAAAGCACUUUUCCCC